UGUUACUGGGUGAAAUAAGUGCGGUGACUGGACUUCUAUCUUACCACAUGGAGGUGGAAGGCCGGAUCAUCCGUAAACAUCCGUAAACCAUUUCAGGAAGAGAGAGAUAAAUCAUCAAGAUUUGGUUCCACCAGUGACCAUGACCGGGCCUGCGUUUCCUGUUGAGGAUACUCAACUCAGGACUGACAUGUCUGAUGUUCCUGUCAGAGUUGAAGAUAAAGACCUGCAAGUUCCCACCGAAGUACCUGAUGUUCAGUCAACUCUGGAAAAAGAGGUCUGACCUCCAGAUACAAAGUUUCUUGAGACUUUUGGAUCAUUGAAGAUGUUCUGUAAAGCCAAUGCUAGAAGACUGAUAUAAAUGAUGGGGAGGAGAAUGAAAGGCUGUAUCAUCUUUUGUACAAACAUCUCAAGAGCCUGGAAGCUGCGUAAAUCCACACACACAUCAGAGACCAGGCAGACUGGUCGAUGUAAGUGGGCGACUGACGGAGAUGAUGCGACCCUUAAAAGCCAGCAAGAGCACGGAAGGAGUUUCGGAAAGAUUUUCUGCCCAUUGACUAUGAACGGUCGGUUAACCUACUGCGUGACAGAGAAUGAAAGGGGAAUAAAUUGGUACAAAGAAAAGAUGGAAAGUGUGUUCACGAUUCUGAAGUUCCUUAUGGUCUGGAUACUGAUACUUUUGGCAGAUUUCAUCCUUGAGCUUCGAUUUGAAUAUUUAUGGCCAGGCUGGCUAUUUGUGAAGAGGGUUUAUAACUCUUCUCGAUAUCAGGGCCUUGCUUUUUCCAUACUUUUUGUAUGUGCAGCAUUUACCUCAGAUGUAUUCUGUUUUAUCUUCAUACCAUUGCACUGGCUUUUCUUUGCAGCCAGUACAUAUGUAUGGAUUCAGUACCUCUGGAACUCAGAUAGAGGUGGUUGCUUGCCUACAUUGUCUCUUUGGAUACUUUUUAUUUAUAUAGAAGCAACAAUCAGAUUUAAGGAUUUAAGAAAUUUUAAUGUAGAUCUUUGUCGCCCAUUUGCAGCACACUGCAUAGGAUAUCCAGUAGUGUCUUUAGGUUUUGAAUUCAAAAGUUACAUUUGCUACAAAAUUAAAUUAAGGAAACAAAAAGACGUUCAGAAACAGAAUGAGUUCUUCAUGCAACUUCUUCGGCAGGCCUUACCUUCAGAACAACAACUACAAACAAGGCAGGACCGGAGUUUGGAAGAAGCACUUAAAGGGCUUCCGCUGUGCUCUCAAUACCAGCAUCCAACUAGAGCCAUUGCAAUUGGGAAGAAAUACACUUUAGCCUUACCAGAACUAGAAUUUAAAGAAAAAGGCAAAGAGAAAGAGAAGGAAGUCAGAAAACAAGCUCUUACAGCCAAUAACUGUUUACAAGCUACUGACCCUAGAACGAGUGAAACAGAAUGUGUGGAAAAUCACUUCAGCAAGACUACAGAGUGCGAGUCAUUUGGAAGUACAGAAAAUCUACCCCAUGAUGAUUUAUGUGCCGAAUCCUUAAAAGUUUGCAAGCACAUAUCACCAAAGGCACAUGGUGCAUCUAAUGGCAAUGUGAUCUUUGCCAAGAAUGAGAAGAAGCAAAAAUGUUCGAGCAAGAACACAAGUACACGGAAAGGGAUCUUUGAGAAUGGCUCUUUGAAUAAUCAUAACAGCAAACAAGAGACUGUGCUACGAUUGGAGAAUGACGUAAAGAAACUGAAGGCAGACCUACAAACCUCUAGGCAAUCUGAACAGGAGCUCCGCAGUCAGGUUAAUGUACUGACCAACAGCAAACAAAAAAUACGGUCCGAACUUGUUCAGCUUCGACAAGAAAAUGAGCUUUUACAGACCAGAAUGCAUUGUGCUUUGCAAGCAAAACAGAAAGACAAACAGAACAUCGCCUACUUAGAGAAAAAGCUUAGAACAGAACUGGAGGGCCGAGCCCUGCUGGAGAAACAGCUAAUGGACACAAAGAGGAGGAAAACAGAUGAAACCACAGUUAUUGCACGGGCCAUCUCACUCAAUGCAUCCAUCAGGGGAGAGUGUACAGAGACCCUGAAGAACAGAAUAAAAGAUUUGGAUGUGGAGUAUAGACAGCUGCAAACAGAACUCAAAAUGAAGGAUGAACAUUUAAGAAAAGUAGAGCGGGAGGUACAGGAGCUUUGUAAAUAUAAAGAAAAUGAACAGGACACUGAAAUGUUGAUGGCAGCGCUUUCAGCCAUGCAGGAUAAAACACAACACUUAGAAAUCAAUCUUAGUGCAGAAACUAGGAUUAAACUGGACCUUUUUUCUGCUCUUGGAGAUGCCAGACGACAACUAGAGAUUGCACAAGGGCAUAUAAUCCAACAAGAUCAGGAAAUUGAAGAACUCAAACAGAAGGUUGCAGAAGUUAUGGCAGUUAUGCCUGGGAUCACUUACAGCGUUACAAGCACGCUUAGUCCUGCAACUUCACACUAUUCCUCCAAAUUUGUGGAGACUGGGAAUUCUGUACUUGAUCCUAAUACUUUAAUGUACCAGCCACUGAAAAAAUAAAUGCACUA